AUGGCUAAUGAUCCACAACAACUUGCUUUAAUAGAAAAAAGUUCACAUUUAAAUUAUUUACGUGAUUUUCGUGUUGAACAAUGUCAAUUAUUUCUUCAACAUAAAUGCACACAACAUCGUCCUUUUUCAUGUUUUUAUUGGCAUUUUCAAAAUCAACGUCGUCGUCGUCCAUUUCGACGAAAGGACGGAACAUUUUCAUAUGAUCCUGAUUUUUAUUGUAAUGAUUAUGAUGAACAAAGUGGUAUUUGUUCGAAUGGUGAUGAUUGUCCACUUUUACAUCGAAAUGCAAAUGAUACAGAAAAACGUUAUCAUUUACGUUAUUAUAAAACAGGUUUAUGUACACAUGAAUCUGAUGCAAAAGGACAUUGUCUUAAAAAUGGUCCACAUUGUUCAUAUGCUCAUGGUGCAAAUGAUUUACGACAACCGGUUCUUGAUAGUCGAGAAAUACAAAAUAGUGAUUUAGCUUUAGAAAGACUUGCACGUUUAUGUAUUAGUUUAGAAAAUGAACGAGCUUUAAAUGAUGAUCCUAAAUGGAGUGAUUCACAUUAUGUUCUUGCAAAUUAUAAAACAGAACCAUGUAAACGUCCACCACGUUUAUGUCGACAAGGUUAUGCUUGUCCACAAUAUCAUAAUCCUCGUGAUCGUCGACGUAAUCCAUCAAUAUUUAAAUACAAAUCAACACCAUGUCCACAUGUUAAACAAAGUGAUGAAUGGAUUGAUCCAACUGUAUGUGACGCUGGUGAUAGUUGUAAAUAUUGUCAUACACGUACCGAACAACAAUUUCAUCCAGAGAUUUAUAAAUCAACUAAAUGUAAUGAUGUUUCUGUAACUGGAUAUUGUCCACGUGGACCAUUUUGUGCUUUUGCACAUAUUGAACAAGAAUUAAAAUCAUACAGAGAUUUUGAUCUUCAUUAUACAAGUGAAUUACCUUUAUCGUCUUUUAUACCAAUACCUGAAGAUAAAGAAGUUGAUGAUACUAAUACAUUACUAUCAACAAGAAACAUUCCAAAAAAAUCUUCUCAAACAUCUGUAUUUGAAGUUGGAUCAUAUCCUGGUACUAUUAUGAAAACAUUCGAACAACAUUUAGCCGAUAGACAUUCAUUAUUAACAAAUAAUUCUGGUAGUGGUUCAUUUACAAUUCACGAAAUGAUUUCUCAACCUUCUCCAUCAUCAUCACAACAACAUCUUUUUCAUCAUUAUCAUCCAACAUCACAAUUACCAUCAACAUCGUCAUUUCUUAAUGAUCAAUUUCUUUUAUCAGCUGCUGCACUUGCUGCUAGUCAUUCAUAUCCUCCACCAUCAUCUUUUUUAUCAUCACUUGCAGCAUCAAAUCUUUUAUCAUCAAUAAAUGCACAUAUGCAUUCAAUAUCACCUGAACAACAAGUAAGAUCACCACCACUACCAUCAAAUUAUUUAACAACUUUUAAUGACAAUUAUAAUGAGAACAAAAAAUUAUCUGAUUAUCGAUCAUCACCAAUUGAUGUUAAAAAUUUAAUUGGUUCGUCAUUAACAGCUCUUGGAUUAGAUAAUGUUAAUGAAGAUGAAUUUGAUAAAGCAGCAACAAAUCAACAAAAUAAUUCACUUUUAUUAAUUGAUGAUGAUAUUGAAAGUUUUGAACGUUCAACAACACCAGCAACAAAUAAUACAUCACCAACACAUUUAACAACAAUAUCAUCAUUAUCAACUACAACAACAAAUCCAAUGACAAGACCAGUUAAUAUUCCACAUUCAUUUACAAAUGAACAUUUUUCACAAGCAUCAUCAGCUAAAUCACCAUUCGAUGCACCUAAUCAAUUAUUUGAUGGACCUUUAGAAUCGCCUAUUGAUACUCCAUUUCCUGAACCAUCAACAUCAAGUGGUGGUAAUUAUCGUCCUGGUGAAUUAUAUAAAAUGGCUGGUUUUAGUCAAGAUUUACCAAUAUCAUCUCAUCAUUUACCAUCAACAUCCCCACAAUUAAUAUUUCAACGUGUUAGUACAACUAGUAAUAAUUCAUUAUCUCCUUCGUCAUCUUCAACUGAAAUAGAUUUAAUGCGAAAUCGUGUAUUACAAAUGCAAACAUUAGCAAUGACAGAAAAAGAGUCAUCUGAUCAUUGGCGUCGUGAAGCUGAAGAUAAUCAUCGAUUAGUUAUUCAACUUGAACAAGAAAAAAAUCGUGCAAUACAACAACGUGAUGAUGCACUUCAUCAAAUUGAACAAAUGCGUCAAUUACUUAUACAUAAUAUGCGUUUAUUACCAAGUGAUAAUGAUUUAAUGCAAUUAACACUUGAUGAUGUUAGAUUAUUACAAUCACGUCUUCAACAAGAAUUAUCAAAACUUUCAAUUAUUGAACAAACUAAAUCAAAUAAUACUCAACAAAUUUCAUCAGAAAUUACAACUACUACAACAACUACUGGAACUUCAACAACAACAACAAUAUCAUCUUCAUCACCUCGUCAACGACAUCAAAAACAUCAAUCUGGCAAACAUGUUUUAGUAUCUUCAUCUUCUAAACAUUAG